UGUUUUAUAAAAAGACAUUUUCAUGGUUAGGUGUAACUCACCAAAGAUCAGGGCCAAAGCUUUUGUUCUGAAGAGUGACUCAUGCUACAAAAUCCUCCAGUUUGUUUGAGAAAAGAGGGAGAAGGGGAGGCUGAAACUCCUGAAGGAAGAAGUUACUGGAUAACCAAAGAGGGUCUGCCCUGGGAUUCUAAAUACAUAUGUUAGCCUUGCAAUCUUCCAGAAAGCUUAAGCAGAUCUGUUGCUGAGAAGGUAACCCUCCAAAGACACCCAUGGUCACUAUAUUUCUCCUUGUGUUCCUCUUUGUCAGUUGCAUCUUUCUCUUGUCAUGGAAGAGCAGAAGAGUCAAUGCUCUCCUGCCCCCUGGGCCCACCCCACUUCCAAUCCUGGGGAACAUUCUACAACUGGACCAAGGGAGUCAGUUGAAGACCUUCACCAAGAUGAGUGAGGUCUAUGGGCCGGUGUUCACUGUGUACCUGGGAAUGCAGCGGAUUGUGGUUUUGUAUGGCUAUGACACUGUGAGAGAGGCCUUGGUGGAUCAUGCAGAGGCGUUUGGAGGACGUGGGCAGUUUCCGGCCUUCUCCAGGUUUCUCAAUGAACGUGGGAUUGCGUUUUCCAAUGGGGAACGAUGGAAACAAAUCCGCCGAUUCACUCUCACCACUUUGAGGGACUUCGGCAUGGGGAAGAGAUCCAUCGAGGAGAAAAUCCAGGAGGAAGCCCUGUGCCUAGUGGAGGAGCUCAACAAAACCCAAGGAGACCCUUUUGACCCAACUUUGCCUAUCAGUCAGGCUGUUGCCAACAUUAUCUGCUCCAUCCUGUUUGGGAAACGCUUUGAGUACAAUGAUGAACAAUUCCUCAUGCUGAGAAAACUGAUGACAGAACGGAUCCUAUUGGGCAACAUCCCCAAAACAGCGGUGAAGCUGUACAACCUUUUUCCAGGAAUUAUGGAUAAGAUCCCUGGGAUGCACUACAAGAUGGCAAAGAGCAGCUUGAAGAUUGUGGACUUCAUUAACGAGAGGAUCAAGAUUAAUAUGGCCUCGUUUGAUACCUCUGCUCCCCAGAAUUACAUUGAGUGUUUCUUAGCGAAGAUGGAGCAGGAGAAGCACAACCCAAGUUCUGAAUUUUCCACCAAAAAUUUGAACAUGACCAUAUUCAAUAUACUCUUUGCUGGGAUUGAGACAGUCAGUGUCACCCUGAGAUAUGGUCUUCUCUUCCUGCUGAAGUAUCCCCAGAUUCAAGAAAAAGUCCACAAGGAAAUCGAUGUCGUGAUAGGACAAGGGAGAAGUCCAACUGUCAAGGACAGGAAUCAAAUGCCAUAUACCGAGGCUGUAUUGAAUGAGAUUCAGAGGAUGGCUGAUGUGGUACCCAUGAAUCUGCCACACCUUGUAACUCAAGACACCCACUUCAAAGGUUAUGUGAUCCCUAAGGGAACCUAUGUCUAUCCCGUGCUCAACUCUGUGCAUUAUGACAAGCAGCACCAUGCCAACCCCGAAGAGUUUGACCCUGGGAGAUUCCUCGACAGCAACGGUUGCCUUAAGAAAGUGGAGGCUUUUAUGCCUUUCUCAGCAGGGAAACGUGCGUGCAUUGGUGAAGGACUGGCCCGCAUGGAGCUCUUUCUCGUCUUCACCACCAUUCUCCAAAGGUUCACCCUCACGUCCCCUGUGCCACCUGAGAAGAUCAACAUUGCUCCAGCUUCACGCAACAUCAUGAGCAUCCCUGAACAAUAUCAGCUUUCCGUGGUCCCACGCCAGUAGACAUCUCCCUUUUCUUGUAGCUACCAGAAGAAUCCAAUUUGUCUCCCAGAAUGUAUAGAUUGACUCUGAUUUUAAUGUUUAAACAAAUUGUAAAGUACAAUUAGUUAUACCAAUAAAGUAA